AUGGAUCGAGACCUGCUGUUUUUGUCGACUGACGUGUUAAAAGGUCAGCUGACAUCGGACGACAUCGACACCGACAUAAGCUGGCGUGUGGAGGUCGGGUGCGCGCCUCAGGCGUGUGGGAGGUCGGGUGCGAGCCUCAGCUGGCCGUGUGGGAGGUCGGGUGGCGCCUCUGUGGCCGUGUGGGAGGUCGUGGUGCGCGCCUCAGCUGGCCGUGUGGGAGGUCGGGUGCGCGCGUGUGGGAGGUCGGCUGGCGUGUGGGAGGUCGGGUGCGCGCCUCAGCUGGCCGUGUGGGAGGUCGGGUGCGCGCCUCAGCUGGCUGGCCGGGUGGGAGGGUCGGGUGCGCGCCUCUGCUGGCCGUGUGCCGGAGCUGGCUGGCUGGACCCGCGGCCGCACUCGACCCGCAACGUCUACAGGUGGCGCGUCGCCGUUCGCGACUUCACCAUCGCCGUGUGUCCCGGCAUUGGCAACUCAAGCGAGACCGUCUACAUCUGGUCGUUCGUCCACUACGCGUGCCUCAAUGGAUACCGCUGCAUCGUGCUCAACCACCUGGGCGCCCUCCGCUCCGUCAAGGUCACGUCACCUCGCAUCUUCUGCUACGGUCGGACAGAGGAGCUGGACGUCAUGUUGAAGGGCCACAUGGCCCGGCACCCGCUGACACGGCUCGUCCUAGUCGGCUUCUCCAUGGGCGGCAACAUCGUCACCAAGUACAUGGGACAGCCGGCCGGGCGGCGGACGCCCAGCAUCAUCGGCGCCGUCUCCAUCUGCCAGGGAUACGACGCCCAGAGGUGUGUGAACGCGCUUCUCUGGUGGCGCGAGUUCCGCCGCUUCUACCUGCACAUGAUGACGGAGAACAUGAAGGCCAUCAUCAUGCGACAUCGGGCCGUGCUCUUCACGGAUGACGUCAAGGCGCGCUACCAGCUGGACGAGCGCAAGAUCUUCAUGGCGGCCACCAUGACGGAGUUCGACGAGGCGUACACUAGGUGAGUGCUUCACAAAUGCCCGUCCCGGAUCAGGAGACGGCCCCAAGUAAGGACGAGAUGAUGGUCACGGUCAGGGUUAAGGGACAGUCCCGUCCCGGAUCAGGAGACGGCCCCAAGUAAGGGCGAGGUGGUGGUCACGGUCAGGGUUAAGGGACA